CCAGGCUGGACGGGUCUUGGAGUGACCUGGGAUAGUGAAAGUUGUCCCUGCCCAUGGCAGGGUGUAGAACUCGAUGGUCUUUAAGGUCCUUUCCAACCCUAAACAUUCUGAGAUUCUUCAAUAAUAGGCAAAUGAAACAAUCAAAGCACUUUGCAGUGGUGGAAACAGGGGGGGGCACUUGAUUUUGGGGCAAGUUGGAGACAGGUGUGUAUUUAAAAAAAGAAUGUUACAGCUUAGUGUCUGGUAUUAUGUGUUCAUGUAGUUUAAUAAACAUCAUGAGCACAAGUAAUGAUCUUUCCUUUCUUAGCAUAAGCAUUUCUUUGGGUAGCACAUUAAGAUCCAGAGUAAAAUUCUUGCCGUGGUGAAUUGCUGUCACAUUCCUGGGCAUUAUGCAUGUUUUGUUUUUACUUUACAGUUACACAUCAUUUGCUGUUGUUCUGUAAUGCUGGGUUUAAUUCUUGGAGCAGUUAAAAUGCCUUAAUGAGUACAGUAGAUAGGUUGCAGUGGUUUCAAGGUUUACUGAAUUGCUGCCUAACUCUGAAUAUUUUAAAAGGUUCCUCUUGGGGACAAAAAAAGUGCUGCAGAGAUUUAGGAGUCUCAGUUCUUAUGUUAGUGCCAAGUUUAGAGCUCUCUGAUCACCUGUUUGUAGUUAAAAAGAUUCCAUAGUUGGACUCACUUUCUGUGUGUAGUGUUAAUUAAAUUGUUCUAGAAAGCCAGGGCUUAUUCUUAUUUAUUUAUUUAUUUGCUAUUAAUAUAUGCAGCUGUGUGUAAGUAAUUGCAAUAAUUCCCUGAUUCCCUUUAGUAGAUGGUUGGUCCUCCUGGCUUCUGCCAGAGGGUGAAGUGACAGCCCUUCCAUCUUUUUAUGACAUGGAUUGUUUUUAAACAAUUUUCCCUCUGACAGAAAUGUGAUGAGUACCAAUUAGUUGUAGUAUAUUAGCACAGCACAGAGUUCAGAGAAUCUUAAAUAUUGCUGAAUAUUAUUUUCUCUCUUUGUUUGGGCUUGCUGGGUUUUUUGGUGGUAUUCCUGUUCCCUUGUCAGUUAAGCAUCGGUAACAAAGUACAAGAGAAUGUGUAUAAUAUCAAGUUGUAACUAUAAAUAAUAAUUUAGUUUAGUUAUGGAAUCUUGUAUCAGAUCUUAAUAUAACCAGGAAAAUAUUUACUAUUAGAAGAAGGCAGACACCUUCAUUAUUUAAAGAUGAAUAAAUAAAUUAAAUUGAUUGUAUUGGCAGUUGUAGUGAUCAGUUUGAAAUGAGGUUUAGAAUGUUUAGAGUUAUUAUUUCUGGGUGGUGAAAAGGGGAAUUAUCAGCUGCUUGCUUUCCUAUGCCACCGGUGGUCUUUCUCCCUGCUGGAACUUUUCAUUCAUUGCUUAUGUCACUUUUAUAAUGGCAGUGUUCAGUUUAACUGUGAGGGAAAUGUAAGAUUGGGCAUGGUUAGGAAGCAUAAAACGGGCUUCAGUUUGUGUGGUGAAUGGGAGGGGGUGAGGCUUAAUCCUUUCAUGACCAACAUUUCAAAGAUGCGAGUGAAAAGGGCUGCUGUGCUGUCAGUCUGAAUUUUUCUUUGAACACAAUCGCUGUAAAAUCCUUCUGUCCUCGUUCAUUGCUUUUGCCAAAGCAAUACCUGGGGUUGUGACCUGACCUUACCUGCAAUAGAAAUCAGAUGGAAAAGUGUAAAUCUGGAGGUUCUGGUCCUGUGGUGUUGAAAUCCCCUUUUGGGGCAGAGGGAGCAAUAACCAUUUACUGGCACACCCUAAAUUUAACUGCUGCUUAAUGAGGAGCGAUAAAAUGCUGCUGUUGGUCCCCCAGAGUAGGUGCUAGUGGUUCUGAAUUUGGGUGUUGUUGUAGCAAAGGCCCAGGGUGUGUUUGUGAUGUGUCCCCCUCCUCCCCACCCCGGCGAGCAGCAUAACUGGCACUACCAGCUGCUUUUUCAUUUGGCUUGGGAUAAAAAUACACUGAACAGAAGAACAUCUUCUCUUGACAGAAAUACUUCGAGAAGUCAUAAUCUUUGGGAAUGCUCUGCUGUCUCUUUCUCUGUUUAGCCUUUUUCAAUUAAUAUUUCUACAGUCUCUCCCUUUGUCUCAAGAUUGCAGCUAAAACUGUUUUGUGUUGUUAAGUUAGCUACUGAAAAAAAGUAAAUUUAGACUUGGUUCUUGGCUUGUUGGCUUCUCCUUUUCCUAUAAGAUGGCUCCAAAGCUGUACUGGUAUUUAAAUACUUUUUAAUAAGUAUAUCUUAAAGAAAGCUCUUGAAUAUAAGAAGUGCUGUUGGUGUGAUAUUUUCCACUGAGAUUAAAAUGUUGUGUUUUAAAAGGUACUUAAACAGACUUCUUUUCCUACUCCUUACUAACCACAUACUUUGGAUUUUUUGUAUAAAACUAGUUUUAAAAGUUAGUGAAGAGUCAGUGACUCAAAUCCCUUGGAAAACUUACUUGUUUUAAUCCUAUUAGUUGCAAGAAUGGCUGCAGGGAUGUGGAAAUUCUUCUUAUGAGGGAGGGAAUGAUUGCAAUUCUGGGGAUGGAAGCAUUAGAGAGGCUCGUGUUGUAACUGUGUAUUUGAGCAGAAAGCCCUGCUGGUGAUGUGAUACUGUCAAGGUGUCAGGGAUGUCCUGUUCACCGUGCAAGUAUCAAUUCCAGAUACAAAAUACCCUGGCUGAUCCCGCUGUUUCACAAGGUGUUGGGAGCCCCUUAACCUGGCCUGUGCUUAUCUACAAGAUUUGAAAAUCACAUCACAAAUUCCUUGUGGGACUGUGAUAAAUCACACUGACACCAGGAGCUGAACUUCAUCUGCCAGAACAUGAUGUUUUCUCACUAAAAGCCUGUUGCCUGUAAACUACUUAUUCAGCUGCCUUUGCCUGAAAAAAGUGUGGCAUGAUUUAAGACUAUUGCUGAAAUUUCCUGGCUUGUUCAUUUGGGUUGGGCACAGAUUUGAAGCAUCUCAGUCUUACUUAGAGUUUAAAAUGACAAAUGGCUUUACCUUGAGAAAGCUGUCAUUUGCCUUUUUUUGCUUGGUCAUUUGUGUACAGUGGGGUGACAACAUUGACUGGUUUGGUGUAACUUCAGAUAAACUUCCACCUCAUGAGGUACCCGUGUGUAACAUUGCCCCAUUUUUAGAUGUGCUUUGAUAUACUUUCUUUUAUUAAUAUUUUGAAUACUUUUGGAGUGGAGACUGCUCCGCUCUAAAGCACUCCAGUGCACGAUUGAGGAGUUUAAAUAAACGAUGCAGGAUUUAUUGGCACAAGGUCACUCCAGCCAUCUGUUUUAGUCAGGGAGCUUGGGAAAUGAUCCGUUACCUACGUGUGUGUCGUUAUCAGCAGCUGAGCUCGCCUUAUCAGCUCACCCUUAUCUGAUGGCAGGCUUUGUUCGUGCCAGCACAAUGGCACGAAGUUUGAAAUCCUCUUACCUGCUCCACAUUUAAACCGGGGUUUUCCCCGUCUGUCUGCAGAGGUAUUGUCGAGCCUGAUUUCCAGAACCCAUCCACAGUCUCUCCCAAAGUGUGUUUUGUGAUUUCACCCGGCUGCAGCUUUUCCUAUGGCAAUACCAGAAUCAGUGAAACUGCCGUUGAAGAUUUUACUGGUGUGGCGAAGAUCUGGUCCAAUAUAAUGUGAUCAUGAAAGGUGUGUGGCUGACAGCAUUGCAGACAGAAGCUCAGCUCAUCCACAGAACAGUCUGGUAGAAAAACACCCAUGAAGAACUUCCUGAAGUUUUAACCUCCACAUUCAUGUCAGUACGUGCAUCAUGGCACAGCAAGGAAAUGUUGGUGAGCUCCUCUCAAUGCUGGAUUCUCCAAUUCUGGGUGUCCUGGAAGAUAUAACAGCUGCAUUCAAAGAUAAUCUCAUUUGUGACCGUGGGCCUAUGCUUGUCAACAACCUGGUGGAUUAUUACUUGGAAACCAAUUCUCAGCAGGCACUGCAUAUUCUGUCCACCCUGCAAGAGCCUCAUGACAAGCAUCUACUGGACAAAAUUAAUGAUUAUAUGGGCAAAGCUGCUACUCGUUUACCCACCCUCUCUCUGCUGGGACAUGUGAUAAGACGACAACCAUCUUGGAAACACAAACUUUCUCAAGCACCUCUCCUGCUUUCAUUACUUAAAUGUCUCAAGACUGACACAGAUGUAGUAGUACUCACCACAGGUGUCCUAGUGCUAAUAACCAUGUUGCCAAUGAUUCCUCAGUCUGGCAAACAAUACCUUCAUGAUUUCUUUGGUAUCUUUGGGCGUCUCUCAGCCUGGUGCUUGCAGAAUCCAGGUCAUGUGGCAGAGAUUUAUCUUGUCCAUCUUCAUGCCAGCGUUUACUCUCUCUUUCAUCGUCUUUAUGGAAUGUAUCCUUGCAAUUUUGUCUCCUUUCUGCGUUCUCACUACAGUAUGAAGGAAAACCUGGAGACUUUUGAAGAAGUAGUCAAGCCAAUGAUGGAACAUGUGCGAAUUCAUCCAGAGUUAGUGACUGGAUCCAAGGACCAUGAACUGGACCCACGAAGGUGGAAAAGACUAGAAACUCAUGAUGUUGUGAUAGAAUGUGCCAAAAUCUCCCUGGACCCUGCAGAAGCCUCGUAUGAAGAUGGUUAUUACUCUGUGUCUCGGAAACUCUGCACAAGCUUAAAACAUCAUCAAACUGACCCCAGUGCCAGCUCUUACAUUGACACACAGAGCAGCUAUGGGACUUCUACCCCAUAUUCCACUCCUCGGUUAACACUAUCACAAAUGCCAGGGCAGCUACCUCAGAUUCUGAGCCCACAGUCCACGAGGCUGUCAACUGAGCCACAGCAGGCCACCAUCUGGAGCCCUUCUUCAGUGUGUGGUAUGACCACGCCACCGACGUCCCCUGGCAUUGUCCCAUCAGAGUCAUCCCAGUCUGCUUCACAGCCCUACAGCAAAGCUUUUGCAGUGGGGAAAGGAACACCUUUGGGAACACCAGCCACAUCUCCUCCUCCACCCUGCACUUCAGAUGACUUUGUGCAUGUUUCACUCCCUUCAGCUGCUGCCACACCUCCUAAAAAGGAGGACAAACCAGAUUCUGGGAGGCCUUUACUGUACCGACAGCAAAAUGUCAUAAACAGCGAUAAAUCAUUGGACAUACCCAGUAGUAAAAGUUCAGUAACCUUAAGUGAUCUUGCAGAGUUCUUAGGUGGGUUGUCGUUUGAAGAUAGUGCUGAGAAGGACAGAGAGGAAGAUGCAAUAUCUAAAGAGAUCUCAGAGAUCACAACCGAUGCUGAACACAUGGUGCCUAGAGGAGGAUUUGACUCCCCGUUUUACCGCACAAACGAAAAUCAGUCCGGCUCUCAGAAGAAGACCCACUCAGCAGCCUCCAGUGUUCAGGGACACAGUCAGACCUCUGAGCCUUUAACAUCUCUGGACAAGCCUGGGCCUGAGGGUGCACGGGAAACGCCCAAACAAACAUUUACUCCCAUAGACAAGCCCUGUGGAGGCCCUGGGGAAAGCCCUGCUGGGAACAGGGAAGGAACCUCUGGGGAGCCGAGUAUCCUCACUCCCAGCCCUUGUAAAGUACCAGCACAAAGGAGAGUGGUGUUUGGGAGUGGGCAGCCUCCCCUCUAUGAGCACCUCUUUGAGGUUGCAUUACCAAAGACUGCCUACCUCUUUGUUGGCAAGAAGACUGAGGAGCUGCUAAAGAAAGCCAAGGGAGCCCAGGACGAAGACUGUAUGUCCUCAACUUCUCCUGUGGAAGUGCUGGACAGGCUGAUUCAGCAAGGAGCAGAUGCACACACUAAGGAGCUGAACAAAUUGUCUUUGCCAAGCAAAUCUGCUGACUGGACUCACUUUGGAGGUUCUCCCCCCUCAGAUGAGAUUCACACCCUGAGGAACCAACUGCUUCUGCUGCACAACCAGCUGCUUUACGAGCGCUUCAAGAGGCAGCAGCACGCGCUGCGCAACCGCCGGCUCCUGCGCAAAGUCAUCAAAGCCACGGCUCUGGAGGAGCACAACGCUGCCAUGAAGGAUCAGCUGAAACUGCAGGAAAAGGAGAUCCAGGCCUUGAAACUGAGUCUGCAGAAAGAACAGGCAAGGUACCACCAGUUUCAGGAGGAACAUGAUAAUAUUGUGGCUCAGCUUCACAGCCAGAUCCGUCAGCUGCAGCACGACCGGGAGGAAUUCUACAACCAGAGCCAGGAAUUGCAGACCAAGCUGGAAGACUGCAGGAACAUGAUAGCAGAUCUGAGGUUAGAGUUAAAGAAGGCAAACAACAAGGUGUGUCACACUGAAUUGCUGCUUAGCCAAGUUUCUCAAAAGCUUUCCAACAGUGAAUCAGUGCAACAGCAGAUGGAGUUCUUGAACAGGCAGCUGCUGGUUCUUGGGGAGGUCAAUGAGCUGUACCUGGAGCAGCUGCAGCACAAGCACACAGACACUACAAAGGAGGUUGAAAUGUUGCACACUGCUUUUCGGAAAGAACUGGAGAAAGCAAAGUCGUGUGUUCAGCAGCAAAGCCAAAGGCUCGAUGCUUCCCAGAAAAGGAUAGCUGAACUGGAAUCUCAGCUUGCAAAAAAGGACCACCUCUUCCUGGAGCAAAAGAAAUACCUGGAAGAUGUUAAAAUCCAAGCAAGGGGCCAGCUGCAGGCAGUAGAAAGCAGGUACAAGGCCCAGAAAAGAAUCACCCAGGCAUUUGAGCUGGAGAUCUUGGAUCUGUUUGGGCGGCUGGAGAAGAGCAGCCUACUGAAAAAACUUGAAGAUGAUAAAACAGAAGCAGCUGAAGCAGCAGAAGAAAGCAGGCUGGAUUGUGGUAAUGAAGAUUCAGCAGGACACAGUGAAGAAGCAGUGGGUAGAAAUGGAGAGACCAAACCUCCCAGCACCCGAGGCAGCAGUAGCAGUAAGGGGGGCAGCAGCAGCGAGCUCUCCACCCCAGAAAAACCCCAGAACCAGAGGCUGAGCAAUCGUUGGGACACAUCCAUGUUGCUGGAGCCCUCCACUACUGUCCCACUGACUGUAGGUUCACUCCCCAGCUCCAAGAGCUUCCUUGGAAUGAAGGCACGAGAAUUAUUUCGCAACAAGAGUGAGAGCCAGUGUGAUGAGGAGGGGGUCACCAUCAACAGGCUGGCUGAUGCCCUAAAGACUGAACUAUGUAAAGAUCCAAGCAUGGAGUCAAAGGUCCCUCCAAGCCCCGAUAACCUCUCGCCUAAGCUCCAGGAAAGCAGUGUUGGACAGCUUCAUAUCAUGGACUACAAUGAAACUCAUCAUGACCACAGUUAAAGAGGAAGAUAGUCAAUCAGUGUUAUUUUCAUAUUCUUGGCAUAGAACAGGAGGCGUGAGUGCAAGUUUAACUAAAAGCUUUUAUGUUUCUUUGGUCUGAGCAGAGGCUCAUGCAGCGGAGCAGGAUCGAUGGCCAGGAACGGAAGGAGGCUGCUGAAUGAAUGUAAAGUGGAUUUUUGGGUCUGGAAUUGAAAAUGCCCAGCCUAACUCUUGCUUCUUUCUCAAAUUCAAUCCUUAGCAGCGUAUACUAAUUUGAAGGGACAACUGUUAGCAUUUGCAAGUAUUUUUCCCCCUUUUUCCCUGUCCCCAGUUGAGUGGCUGUGUUUAUGAACUUGAGUGCAAUAUGAGGCCAAAUUAACAUUUGUGAGUUUACUCUGAAUGCUUUGUAUUUCUUUGCAAGCUUCCCAUUUAGAGCAGUUGGUUGUGCUGCCUGUCCAGGUGACUUUGGUUCCUUUCAUCCUGGAAAGAAGCAGCACUAGGAUUUCCAGUGUGUUUUCUAUUUUUGCCUGUCCACUGUCCCACAUCCCUCAGAGCCCAGCCUUCAUUAAGUUGGAGUCUGAUUGAAUACCCAAAUGUUUAAAGAACACUGUACCUCUGCAAAAUGAUACGUUCACCCUAAUUCAUGAUCAUUGUUUAUAUUGUCCUUAACAUUUCCUGGGAAGUUACAUUUGAGCAGAGAAAAAGGAACUGGAGCUUGUCACGCAGGAGAGACCAUAAAUGCUGAAGACUUGUUAAAACACCAACUUUAGAUCUUCUGGGUGUUUGAAGUGUUUGCCUGACAGACUGUGAUUGACCUCACACUGGUUUUUAUGGGAAAGCAGUUGGGGUGGGAGAUGAGGGAAGAGGAGCCUUUACUCAAGUAGGGAGAGGAUGCAGAACAUGGAGGUAGAAUUCCAAGCUUAUGAAGAUCUACAGAGGAGGAUUUGCUUCUUUAAUUAGGGAGAUGUGCUGCCUCACCCUCCUUCAUAGUUCUGCUCUUUGUUCCUGAUCUGAGCAAGACCUGUUUUGAGUCCAAGAAAUUGGCUUCAUUCUUCCUGGGAAUACCUUUUCAGGCUUGACUUGGAGAACAUGGUUUCCUUCGAGUGCUCAAGUUGUAGCACAUUUUUGAGUUCAGCAGUGUCAGUUUGGCUCUAGGUCUCUCCCCUUCACCCUCAUCCUACUUCCUUAGAUGACAAGGCUGAGGAGGAAUCCUGCUCACACUGAAAUCAGAAUCCUGGUGUGAAACCUUUCUGCAUUAAUCAUGUUUUAAGUCAGUUAUGAGCCUUCUGUGAAGGAGGAUUGUGGGAUCAGGGUUUGUCAGUGGUCAGACUCAAUCUCCUUCAUGACAGAGCAGGGCCUGCUGCUAGGAAGGCAGUGCUUGUUUUAAAUGUCCCACGUGGCUGGGUCCAGGUGUACUCAGACGGUUCAGGCUUCACAGUUCCCCUGCAUCACAUAUGGCCUCUUCUCCUAAACAUUCUGUGGGUGGCAGCUGCUGUUUAAGAACCACCUCACAUAGAAAUCAAGUCCAAGCACACUUGCAUUUGUAGUUCAAAUCCCUUCUUAGCCCGGGUGGGAAGGAGGCUGUCAGAGCAGCUGCUGCUCAGCUCAUUCCUGACAGGACUCGUCCUCCCUUUCCCACCUCCUCCGUAACUCCAAGGUCUGAAUACAUUUCUGCCUGUCUUAAAUUAUUCUCCGUGUCCUUUCAGUUGGUCAGUCCGAACUCCGAGAGUAGAGGUGAACUUCAGUGGUUGUGUCAAAGCUGACUCUGCAUGGAGUAGAGAGUAGAGAGUUGGUUGUAAGUGACAGCCUGGUUUUGUCGGCGUCUUUAGGCUUUCUCAGACGUAGUGGUAGCAAACGUGGUAGCGCGUGUUUCGGUGAGAUUUGGAGGUUUCCUGCCCCUUUCCCUCUGGAUUCCAGCUCUGGGAGUGAAAGGCCUGAUGGGCCAGCUCAGCUGGGAGUGUUGGAGGUUCUCAUUCCCACCCUGCUCUGCCGAGCCCAGAUCUGGCGUUCCCAGGGGAGGCAGGUUUUGUGUCAGUCUCAAAAAUGCCCUGGCAGCAAUGCAAGCUCUUUGAUAAGGUGGCUUUUUUUCUUCUUUUAAACAGGAUUUUAGCACUGGGAUAGUAAUGGAAACCACUUUAGGUUUGUUUAUGGACCACAAAGAUUAUGGAGGAACAAAUUUUGCAAUUUUCUUUCCUAAGUCUAAAAAUCAUGGAUCUGCUGUAUGUAGUUAACUUGCAGUUUGUUUGAAGGGGUCCCAUCAGUGAAGUGGAAACAGAUUUUUUAAACUGACUGCUUUUAGUUAAAUCUAAAAUUGCUGUCUUUGUCAAGUUAAUCUGUUCCCUGCCUCGCUCUUUGUAAGCAUGUUAAACAAUCCACAUUAAAUGCCAUAAAUAUGAAAUAUGGGGAAAUGGUACAAUCGUAAGCUAAAGAGAACUUAAACCAAAAGGAGGUUUUGCUGUCCUUAUUAGAAUGUUCUAAAAUGUCAAGGCAGUUGCUUGUGUUUAACUGUGAACAAAUAAAAUGUAUUGUUUUGCACUA